AUGGCAAAGAGAGCAUUGCUUCGUCCUGCACAAUUGUGCUCUCGAAUUUUUGCUGUUGAACUUGAUGUGAGAGCAGAUCCUUUUUAUUUUGCCUUAAGUUCAGUACAUAAAACUGUUGACGAUCAUUCGCCAGUGCGAAGCAUAUUCAGGGACGGAAAUCUGUAUUCGCUUCAUGUUUAUUGCAACAACAGAAUUCAGAGAGUGAAGUUUUAUGGGGAGCUUAAAAGCAAGUUGACAAAAGAAUUACCAACAAAUUGCGAUUGUUUUGAAUUAUCCUCUUUUCUACCUAAUGAGGAACAAUCUGUCAUAAAAGGAUUUUUUAUACGGGACAAAUCUACCUCGUCGGUUACAGAGCAAGUUUUGAAUGAACUGCAACAGACUGAUGGAGUCUGUGUGUUCUCGUAUGUACGCGGGGAGGACGACCAGUUGUGGCAGGAGUUGUGGUCUACAUCCAAACGUAACUGGAUGGAGCCUGACAAAUACCGCGUUGUACCGGCAUCAGCUCCAGAAGUUCACCCAUCAGUGCUGAACAUCAGAAACUCUGAUGUGUUCUACAGUUUGGAAGAUGCCUACAAAGUUUUACAGGAGUGUGGUGACAUUAUCCCAGAAUCAAAGGCUGUUCUGGAGCUGGUGGAUCAGCGACCACAAAGAGGGAUUCAUGGGAAAUUUCCUGUAGUUAUCAUUGAAGGACUGGAUGCUACAGGUAAGACCACCCUGACUGAAUCCCUGAGGGGGUCUCUGGGGGCCAUCCUAUUGAAGUCACCACCCCAGUGCCUGGCUCCAUUCAGGGAUCGUUUUGACUCAGAGCCACCCCUCAUCCGGAGGGCUUUUUACGCCCUGGGGAACUAUAUCACUGCAUGCCAGAUAAGCACCGCAGCAGCACAGGCUCCUGUCAUAGUGGACAGGUACUGGCACAGUACAGCUGCAUAUGCCAUUGCUACAGCGGUAAGUGGAAAGCUGGAGAACCUGCCUGGGCCCUCUUCUGAGGUGUACCACUGGCCAGAGGACCUACUUCAGCCCAGUUUGGUUCUACUCCUUACAGUCAACCCAGAGGAGAGACUCCGCAGGUUGAAGGGCAGAGGUUUGGAGAAGACAGUUGAGGAAGCAGAGCUGGAGGUUAAUCACCUAUUCCGCCAGAAAGUGGAGGAAGCCUACAAAAGAAUUAAGAACCCCGCCUGUAUUGUUGUGGAUGCCAGUCCCUCUCCAGACAAAGUGCUCCAACAAGUGCUGCUUUUAAUUAGUGACAAAUGCCACUUGUAAACAACCACCUCUCUCACACUAAU